AUGCCGCUCGCGACGACGCGAGGCCCCGGGGUCAUCCACCUCUCUCCCCUCAAGGUCGUCGCCGCGCAGCUCGUGCUUCCGAUCCACGACACCCCGGACUCCCCGGGCGACGCGGGCGACACCGUCCGCGCGAUGCUCUACCCCGGCGCGUGUCUCGAGCAGAGUUGGCGCGCGUGGAAGUGCCGAACGUCGUCGCACGGAUGCGACGCGGACGGCGACGACGCGCGAUGGUUCCCGGACUUUUCGACGGGGCGAUACGCGCGCGUGCGCGACCUGCACAUCAUGGACAAAGGUCUGACGCGGGCGUUUCACGGCGGGAAAGGGCAGAUCGUCGCGGGGAGCUUCUUCGCCGUCGUCGCCGCGUUCUUGAGUCUCGUGCGAGGCCACGCGGGGACGCUGGGGCUCUUCUCCGUCGUGACGCUCGCGCUGCCGAUGCUGACGUCGUCGUCGCGGUGCACGCCGAGCCCGUACAUGCUGGCGUACGUGUACGCCGCGUACCACACGAUGAAGAUCCCGGACCGGAGGAAGCUCGCGAAGAAGCGCGAGGAGAUGAAGAGGGCGAAGGAGGCGGCGGCGGCGUUGAAAGCGGCGGAGGCGAAGGAGGGCGACGGCGACGAAAAGAAGGAAAAUUAA